UGAAAAAAAAUUUGCCAAUUGUUUAAGAUGUAAUUUGUUUAAAUUAAUUUUUUAUUUUUGAAAUUAUUCAAUCAUUGAUUAUUCGAAUAAAUUAUUUUUUCUUGCUCAAAAAAUGUCUGGUGCUGCGAUUGAAAUCGAAUCAAUGGAUGUUGAUGAGCUUUGUCCUGUACAGGCUCAAAAAACAAACAUAAAAAGGCAAGCAGAAACGAAUUCUGAGCAAAAAGAUAGAAUUCCAUCAAAUCUACAAUCAUCUUCAUCUCAUCUUUCGGUCGAUUUGACAAAGAAAAAAGUAUCCGAUCGCAAAGUUUUAAAAGCGAAACGCCAUUUAUCACGACUCAAGACACUAGACGGUGAUCAUAAUUAUUAUUUAAUACUUGUUAUCGAUACCAAUGUUUUAGUUGAAGAUUUAAACAUUUUAAAAAAAUUGAUAAUCAAAUCUAAUAUAAACAAUGUACAAAUUUAUAAAAUUAUUAUACCAUGGACUGUGAUACAAGAAUUGGAUGGUUUGAAAUUGGAUCGAGACAAAUACCUGGUGAAAAAAGUUCAAAAUGCCAUAAAAUUCAUUAAUGAACAGCUGAAAUUGGGAGACAAAUCUCGAAUAAUUUGUCUGAAAAAGUUUAUCCAAGAUAAAGAUACAAAAGAUAUUCUUAGCAAUAAUGAUGAUCUAAUUCAUCGAUUGUGCCUUCAAUUUAUAGAAAAUCCGCAAAAAUUUCUGCCUACACUUAACAUAGAUAAGCAACAUUUGUUGAUUUCAUUAAUUACGAAUGAUAAAAAUUUGCAAAAUAAGGCCCUUGUUCAUCGAAUAGAUUGUUAUAGCUUAAAAGAAUUGAUGCAAAAAUACAAAUCACCUGAUGAAACCGUCCAAAUUAGCAACAGCAGUGUAAUGGCCAAUUUAACUGCCGAGUCCGAUAGUGUUGAAACGGACAUUUCCGCCACAAGUUGUCGCUCAUCCUCAAAACGUUUUCGAACUAAUAAUCACUCAUCAUCUUUAAACAACACAAAACAAUUGCCAUUAAAAAAAUAUCUCACAAAUUUAUCAACAAAAAUGGACUCGCCACCGCCAAGUCCUAUGGAUACUAAUCCUAGCAAAGAAUUGGAUUCGAAAUACGCUCUCGAAAGUCGUCUAGCUGAAUUUAUUAUUGCAAAAUCCAAAGAAACGUUUGGCGAGGAUUUAUGGCAAUCAAUUUUGGGCAAUUAUUCGCCAAAAAGUGCUACAUUAAUAGAUUCAUUGCGAAAAUUCAAAAAUAAUUGGAUGGGUUUAUUUUCUGAUUACUUUGACCGAGAUCAAAAAGUCAUACAACUCGUUAAUGAAAUGUUACAAUCGGUAAAUAAUCGAAAUUCAGAAAAUUAUGAAAAACUUCUAAAGAUGAUUGAAUUGGCAUUCGAACGUAAAAUUGACAAUUCUGGAAAUAAAUAAAUGUAAUAUGUGUAUAACAAAUAAUUGAUGUAAAACUAUUAAAUCAUAAUAAAAUAAGUAAUUACAAUAAAAGCUGUCACAUUCAUUUCUUUGGUUAGUAGAUGAUGAAAAUAAUUUUAAAACAAAACAAAAAGAAUUGCAUAACAAUAAUUGUGGUGAUCGAUUCGAUUCGAUGAU